GGUCCGCAUCAGUCCGACCUCCGUUCCUCCAUCCGUUUAGUGCAGUCAAAUGGUGCUCGUAGGAAUCCUCUGACCUUGUGUUGAAUUUAAUGGGACGAUAAAUAUAAAAAGAAGAGUAUCCAUACACAAACUCGCGCAUCGAGCGGACAGGGAAUUAUCUCCGAAGAAACAAGUAUAAAUUGGAUCGGGAUCCGACGAUCCGGUCUUUCAACAUCUAGUCACUAAACACAAAACAAUCGCUCGCAAUGGUCCUCUCCGAGAUAGUCAAACUAAUGAAAGUCGCCGAUUGCGUCUGCUUCGAUGUGGACUCAACAGUAAUCAAGGAGGAAUCCAUCGACGAGUUGGCAAAAGCUUGCGGCAAAGAGAGCGAAAUUGCCGAACUCACCAAGCAGGCGAUGGGCGGAAAAAUGCCCUUCGAGGAGGCGAUCAGCCGACGUUUGCACAUCAUGAAACCCAGCUUAGAAAUAUUGAAUGACUUCAUCGAAAAUAAUCCUCCAAAUUUAACGCCCGGAAUUAAGGAAGUCGUCGAUUAUUUCCACGCAAAUAAUAUUCCAGUUUAUCUUAUUUCUGGGGGAUUCAAGUCGAUAAUAGGGCCGGUCGCUGCGAAACUUAACAUUCCUUACACGAACAUUUACGCCAAUCGCCUGAAGUUCUACCACAAUGGAGAAUUUGCUGGAUACGAGGAAUCCUCGCCGACCGCCAAAACUGGCGGGAAGGGUUUCAUUAUCCAUGACUUGAAACUGACGAAGAAUUACAAGCACGUCGUACUUGUCGGUGAUGGAGCUACUGAUUUAGAAGCCUGUCCACCAGCUGACGUCUUUGUUGGAUUCGGAGGUAACGUUAUUAGAGAGAAUGUUCGCAACAAGUGCAACUGGUAUUGCACGAGUUUCGUGGAUCUCGCGGAAGCUCUUACUAAAUAGAAUUUUAUCUCUACCAUGUAUUUUAACAAUAAAAAACGUUAAAGAUUAUUUUAUCUAAAAGAAA